AGAGAGAGAGAGAGACCGAGGGGGAAGGGGGACGAGGAGGAGCUUGUCGCUAUAAGAUUCACUCACACAUCAUCAGCACCACAAAGUCACAUGGAGUCCAACCAUCUAUUGUUUGUUGCGUCUCUUCUGCUUUGUUUUUGCAUGUAAAAACACGCUCACCUUUGCGCCCCGCUCAAGUGGAAGGUGCGCAUUCACGAACCCGUCACGCUUACCCUCCAGCUCGCUCUCUGUCUUGGGCUCGAUUAUGGUCACAGCCCCUGCGGUGUCAAGGUGGAGCCGCCACGCGUUUCUCGGAUCGGUGCGCUCCUGCAGGGGCUGGGAUGCGCACCGGGCACCUCCCGCUUCCUGCCGAACUUCGGGUCUGAGCAGCGGGAGGAGGAGUGCAGCGGCGCCCCGGGGCGCCGAGUUAGAAGGACCCAGUCGACCCGGAGCAGGAUGCCGGUGAUGAGAGGGCUACUGGCCCCGCAGAACACCUUCCUGGACACGAUCGCAACACGAUUCGAUGGCACCCACAGCAACUUUGUGCUGGGCAACGCACAGGUUCAAUCGCUCUACCCCAUCGUGUACUGCUCAGAUGGCUUCUGCGAGCUCACGGGUUAUGCUCGCGCCGAGCUCAUGCAGAAAAGUUGCGCCUGCCAGUUCCUGUACGGCCCUGAGACCAGCGACCGCUUCACGACACAAAUCCAAGGAGCCCUUGACGACCGGCGUGAGUUCAAGACCGAACUGGUCUUCUACAAGAAAGAAGGCACACACUUCUGGUGUCUUCUGGACAUUGUGCCCAUCAAGAAUGAGAAGGGUGAGGUGGUCCUCUUCCUGGUGUCUCAUAAAGACAUCACUGACAAGAAGAAGGACCAGGAUUCGGAACAAGGGCCUGACACAGAUGAGGAGACGGGUCUGGAGGUGCAUCAGGUGACUCGGCCCCCUGGCUUUAACGCCAACCGCCGUCGCAGCCGAGCCGUCCUUUACCACCUUUCGGGGCACCUGCAGAAGCAAGACAAGAACAAACUCAAGCUCAACAAUAAUAUGUUUGGGGAGAAACCACCGAUCCCAGAAUACAAGGUAGCGGCCAUCCAGAAGUCGCGCUUCAUCCUGCUCCACUAUGGCACCUUCAAGGCCGGGUGGGACUGGCUGAUCCUACUGGCUACCUUCUAUGUGGCCGUCACCGUGCCCUAUAAUGUUUGUUUCACUGUGGUGGGUGGACGAGAUGAAGGCAACGCCCCCAGAAGCCCCCCCAGCGUCAGUGACAUCCUGGUGGAAAUCUUAUUCAUGCUAGACAUUGUGCUGAACUUUCGAACCACCUUCGUGAGCACAUCAGGUCAGGUGGUAUACGACGCCCGCUCCAUCUGCGUUCACUACGUCACCACCUGGCUCUUUGUGGACCUCAUCGCUGCCCUCCCCUUUGACCUACUCUAUGCCUUCAACGUCAGUGUGUACUUUGGAGUGCACCUGUUGAAGACUGUGCGUCUGCUUCGCCUGCUGCGGCUGCUGCAGAAGUUGGAACGUUACUCCCAGUACAGCGCCGUAGUCCUCACUCUGCUUAUGUCCAUGUUCGCCUUGCUGGCCCACUGGAUGGCUUGCGUCUGGUACUUCAUCGGACGCAGGGAGAUCGAGAGUCCGGGAUCCUGGGACAUUGGUUGGCUGCAUGAGUUGGCCAAGCGUUUAGGGACACCUUACUUCCUGUCGCCUCUGGCCGCACUCUUCCCGACUUCCUCUGGCGUAGUCUCGGCCAACAGCAGCCAGUGGAACGAAUCCGGCUCUGAGUCGGCGGGUCAAGGUCCCUGGAACUCCAGCCAAUACGGAGGGAACACAUCGGUUGGCGAGAGCGCGUCGGCGGGAGGUUUUGGAGUUCUGGGCGGAGGCCCGUCCAUGCGUAGCAGCUACGUGACAUCGCUCUACUUCGCCCUGAGCAGCCUAACAAGCGUGGGCUUCGGGAACGUGUCGGCCAACACGGACUCGGAGAAGAUCUUCUCGAUCUGCACCAUGCUCAUUGGCGCGCUGAUGCACGCUGUGGUGUUUGGCAACGUGACCGCCAUCAUCCAGAGGAUGUACUCACGCCGCUCGCUCUACCACACGCGCACUAAAGACCUGAAGGAUUUCAUCAGGGUGCACCGGUUGCCCAAAGCUCUUGAGCAACGCAUGCUGGAGUGUUUCCAGACAACCUGGUCGGUCAACAAUGGCAUCGACGUCAGUGAGCUCCUGAAGGAUUUCCCAGAUGAACUGCGGGCUGACAUCGCCAUGCACCUAAACAAGGAGCUGCUUCAGCUCCCGCUGUUUGAAUCAGCCAGCAGGGGGUGCCUGCGCUCGCUGUCGCUCAUCAUCAAGACGUCGUUCUGUGCGCCCGGGGAGUUCCUCAUCCGGCAAGGCGAUGCCUUGCAGGCCAUCUACUUUGUGUGUUCAGGUUCCAUGGAAGUCCUGAAAGACAACACUGUGCUCGCCAUACUGGGUAAGGGAGAUCUGAUUGGCUCCGACUCUCUGACGAAAGAGCAAGUGAUCAAGACCAACGCCAACGUCAAGGCGCUGACCUACUGCGACCUUCAAUACAUCAGCCUGAAGGGCCUCCGAGAGGUGUUGCGACUGUACCCGGAGUACGCCCAGAAGUUCAUCAGCGAAAUCCAACAUGACCUCACCUACAACCUGCGUGAGGGCCAUGCCUCAGAUGCCGACUGGGAGAGUAACGGCGGCCUGGUGAAGAAGCUGCCCUCCAUCCGAGAGGACGAGGAAGGCGGUGACGAGGAGCAGAACUUGGUGUCCCGCGCGCCCCGCUCGCCUCUGCGCCUCAGCCGGGGCAUCAACUCACCACUACGUUCCCCUUUGCUGCCCCCGAGACCGUUCCGCGCCCCCGCCGAGCAGACCCGCCCCGUCACCCUGCAGAUACCAAUGGUCAGCUUUGCAAGUGCGCCUGGAGAGCUCAGCCCCAGGUUUGUGGACGGUAUCGAGACAGAAAACAGUUCCAUAUCAUCCCAGAAGUUUGAGUUCAGUCCUAGCAUGUCGCCUGCAGCGCCACCCUCGCCUUUUUCAGGCAGUCGAGAGUCAUCCGAGAUCAAGCAGUGUGUGCACAAGUUGACAGAGGAGAUGAACAGCCUCUCCAGACAAGUGUCCAAGCUCAGCCAGGAGCUCCAGGAAGUCACACGUCUGCUCAAGCCCCUGCUCCAGAGAGCGCCGCAGCCCCUUUUGGUGGCCACCGAGCCAAAUUUGACCCCGCCUCCCAGCAGCAGCACCAGCCGUCUGUCGGCGAGCGCCAGCUUGAUGGCGCCCGCUCCCAUCACGCCGUGCUCCCUCCUGAGACCGGACACUCAUUCCCUGUUGGACAGCGGGGACGUGGAGGGCGUGGACUUGCCACAAUGCCUUCUCCCCACUCCUCAUUCACCACAAAGGCCUAAUUCCUCGCCUCCCCCGUGCAACAAUCUCCCCUCACCAAAGGAAGGACUUUUUGAGGGGUCCCCAAUCUUGGCCUCCUCCAGUAUGUUUCUGUGCUCGUCACAGGAUCGCCCCCCACUGGCAUCCGGCACUCCGUCACCGUCGCUGUCUUUCUCCAUGUCCCUCUCCUCCACUUCUUCCCUCUCCUCCUGCCACGCGUCCCAACAGGCCAGCUGCGUUGGUCACCGAAGCCUGCUUCCCCCACCUCCUUCCCAGGACACGCCUCCUCCGCCAUGGCCCCCACACUUCUCCGCACCGCCGUCUCUCGCAUCCUCACCCGGAGACCGUUGUUUGAGACCGUCCCCGUCCGUCCCGCCGGGGUCCCCUGUUGUCGCCGCUCUCCCUUCCCUCCUCUCCCUGCCUUUGUCUCUGGACUCACCGAGUAGAAAAUACGGAGAACUCCAGCUCGCUCGGGCUUCUAACUCGCACCUUCGCCGAGAGACCGGGCCGGGGGACGGUGCCCCGCAGGAGAUGGAGAUGCAGGAAUGGCGGGCCGAGGCAAGAGAAGGGAGGAUUUCCUCGGAGCACAUCAGCUUCAUCGAUGAAGAUGAGCCAGCAGUUUAUGAGCCAGGAGUGUGAGGGGCAAAGCGACACAAGGAAAUGGGAGCAAAGGAGACAAGAUCAGGGAAAUGCGGCAUCAGCGUUCAAGUGAAGGAGCUACAACAGCACACAUUGUCUUAAGGGGUGUCCAAACUAAGGUCCGAGGGCUCCUUGUGGCCUGCAAAUACUAAAAUACAAGGUCAAGGUCAUCGUAGUUUCGAUUGCUCUUGCCUUGACUCUGAAUAUGGAGAUGGGAUUCUGCUGCUGCUCAAUGCCAGGGCCGAUCUGGUCUCAUGGGAUACAAGGCAGCGAGCCACCCAAAAAUCCAAUUAACUUUUUGCUCUAUCACCAGGCUGUUUAAAAAAACAAAAUGUAAAUAUCUAAAAUAAGCUAUUUAUAAAACAAUACUUAAACACAUAUUCUUGUACACUGAUGGAUUGGUUUUAGCAUGUCCAAUAAAUUCUGGGUGAAGAAUGUCAAAGUGGCCCUUGCAUCCUUGGAUUUUUCUCUGUGUGGCCCUUGGCAGAAAAAGUUUGGACACCCCUGUCUUACAGUAUCUCAGCGGUUGGCCGUCAAUCCCUGCAGCUACUGUAGCAGAACCUUCUUGUGGAGGUUCACACGACUUUGAAUUCUCAUUUUGCUGAGCUCCGAAUGAAACCGGUCAAUUAUUUGAGACUUUUGUUUCAUUUUAGACUCAGCAUGGACGUUUCCAAAACCGCUACGUUUGGUUUCUUCGGGCCACCUUCAUCAGUGGGAUGGUCAUUGCUCUUUCCCUGCCCCCGAAACUUAAAAAGCAAGUCGUGGGCCCCUCCGUGUCAACAGCGCUUUCCCAGUUAGUACCACCGCCCAAGAUGAAAGUAUUCUUCAAAUUUCAUGAGUUUUUGUUUUAUGUUUUUGAUUUUGAAUGUGAGCCAGCACAAAAAGGCUCAACC